AGUAGGGGCUCAGACCACUCCCAGUUCGGUGAUCCGAAAAGCCAUGGCAGAGAAGCAGAGCAGCCUGCUGGCCCUCGCCAUUGCCGGAGUGGGCGCCUGUGCCGUGUCAUCCGGCUUGAGCUUUGUGACUGGGCAGGCCCCUCACCAGGCAAGUCCGCAGGUUGCCACAGGGCUGCGCGGUGCGCAGCAGACACAGUCCGGCAAUGGCUUCAGUUCCACCAUGUUGGGCCUGGCCGGUGCUGGUGCCGUCACGGCUGCCAGCAUGGGAGUGAGCCAGCGCCAGCGUGUGGUCCGCCGCGCUGAGUUUGCCGCAGGAAUGGCUGGCAGCAAGCUGCACGGCUGGGGCGAGUACCAGUUUGACCCCGCAGGCUUUGCAACUAGCUACCCCGAGCUGCUCGGCUGGUUCCGCGAGGCAGAGCUCAAGCACGGACGUGUGGCUAUGCUCGCCUAUGUCGGCCUGAUCGUGCCUGAUGCGGUGCGUUUGCCUUUCGAGGCAGUGCAGGACCCCAGCCUUGACCUUCUGACUGCCCACAACAAGCUGAUUGGUCCUGGCCUGGGCGAGGGCCCCAUGUGGUGGUUGUUGCUUGCCUGCGGCGUGAUCGAGUCCCUCCGCUUCGAGCAGGUCGGCCUUGCCUUUGAGAGCCUGACCGCCGAGAACGCUGGGGAUCUGGGCUUGAGGAUGUUUGCGCCAUCCUCAGCUGAGGGCAUGGAGAGCAUGAAGAUGAAGGAGCUCAAGAACGGCCGCCUCGCUAUGCUGGCCAUCAGCGGUGCUUUGACCCAGGGUGUGCUCUUCAACGCCCACCACUUCCCUUUCAUGAGCGCUUUGCGCAGUGAAAAGCAGUCUGGCAUUGGCUCUCGUUCCACCAUGGUGGGCACGGCUGCAAGCAUGGGAGUGAGCCAGCGUCAGCGUGUGGUCCGCCGCGCUGAGUUCGCCGCAGGAAUGGCUGGCAGCAAGCUGCACGGCUGGGGCGAGUACCAGUUUGACCCUGCAGGCUUUGCAACUAGCUACCCCGAGCUGCUCGGCUGGUUCCGCGAGGCAGAGCUCAAGCACGGACGUGUGGCUAUGCUCGCCUAUGUCGGCCUGAUCGUGCCUGAUGCGGUGCGUUUGCCUUUCGAGGCAGUGCAGGACCCCAGCCUUGACCUGCUGACCGCCCACAACAAGCUGAUUGGUCCUGGCCUGGGCGAGGGCCCCAUGUGGUGGUUGUUGCUUGCCUGCGGCGUGAUCGAGUCCCUCCGCUUCAAGCAGGUCGGCCUUGCCUUUGAGAGCCUGACCGCCGAGAACGCUGGGGAUCUGGGCUUGAGGAUGUUUGCGCCAUCCUCAGCUGAGGGCAUGGAGAGCAUGAAGAUGAAGGAGCUCAAGAACGGCCGCCUCGCUAUGCUGGCCAUCAGCGGUGCUUUGACCCAGGGUGUGCUCUUCAACGCCCACCACUUCCCUUUCACGCCCUGAGGCCAGCCUGUCGCGGCUUUGCAGCCAGUCUAGAUGGCAGCUGGUUUUUCACGAGAGCUGCCUUGAUGGAC